GCGCUCGCUUCUUCAGUAACGCCUUGUAUGCGCCACGUGGUUUUUGUUAUCGGAGUGUUACUUGUUAUUACUGUUUUCUUGUUAUUACUGGUUUUUGUUUUGUUUGUUGAAGAAUGCCGAAAAAAUUGCGAAAAACUGUAUUCAACACUGAAACGCGGGAGUUUGUUGCGCGUUUGCGAGAUUACUUUGCUCGUGAACAACAAAAUGGUGGCCCUUUGUUGCCACUUGACAACGUACGCGACCGUGUUGCUGACGCUCUAGGGAUUGGCAAGGCUACCGUUUUCCGAAUCACAAAGGAAAAGUUCGGCGAAUCAUCGAUGGAGGCGAACAAACUCUCAACUCCAAAGAAGAAAAAAUGUAAUAGGGUACAUCCCGUCACCAGUCCAGAUGACUUCGACAUAGCUGCGAUACGUAACCAUAUUUACCCCACUGAACACUCAUGUCAUUAUCAGAUUCAGAAUGAAAUACAGAGUGUAACAAAAGUAAGUGAUAAUACUUUAGGGUGUGUAGUGUCCCUUAUAAAGAGUUCACUAGCAAAGUAGCAGCGCUAAAAGCAAAAGAAAUUUUUGUGAUUUGCAUGGGGAAGCUCAUGUGGCGCUUGCCCACACACAAAAAAUUUUUGCUUUCUUCGCUGAGUAUUUUCACUGUAAACUAAAGGAGCACAUGCAAAACCUAAAGUAUUAUCACUUACUUUUGUUACACCCUUG